AUGAUCACCCUGGGCGUGCCCAUGGCCCCCUUUAUCUUUGGGCUCGUGGCGGUCCGGAUUAACGGCGUGCAAUUCAUCCUCUACUUCCUCCUCGGCCGCGAAACCCUAUACCUGCGCGGCCCGACGCCCUCGAUGUCACCACCACCUUCCUCAUCCCAACCCAGCCGCAGCCUGCUCUGCUUCCGCCGUCUCGACCCGACCCCUCUCCGGGUCUGGGACUUCGUCAAGCCCCUGACCUUCUUCCGCCGGCCGUGCGUGCUGAUACCCACGGUGGCAUACGCUAUGGUGUUCCUGUGGGCCAACAUCAUGAUGUCCGUCAAGACCGGAUCCCUCUUCCCCGAGAACUUCGGGCUCGACCCGCAGGCGGUCAGCCUGCAGAACAUCGCCAUCAUCGUCGGCUCCCUAGUCGGCAAGCAGAACGGCGGGUUUUUGAGCGACUGGUGGAUGUGGCGGUGCCAUGCGAAGCAUCUCCAACAGGGAACCAACAACAAUAGUAGUACUACUAGUAGUAGCGACAACGAGACAACAGACCAGGUCCAGGGAAUGAAUCGAAAAACACGGCAGCCCGAAUUCCGCCACUGGCUCGCCUACCCAGGCUUCCUACUCACCAUACCCGGCGUGGUUGUCUACCUGGUCCAAAUCGGCGCCGCGGACUACACAUGGAACGUCACGCCCGACGUGGGUAUGGGCAUCGCGGCGGGGGGCAGCCAGAUCGUCACCACCGUCAUGACCACCUAUGCCGUCGACUGCUACCGCGACGAGGCCGCGUCCAUCGGGGUGUUUAUCAACUUUGUGCGCCAGACCUGGGGGCUUAUCGGGCCCUUCUGGUUUCCGGAGUUGAUUGCUACUGUUGGGCUUGGGGCUACCGCGGGGAUUGCCGCCGCUAUUCUCGUUGCUGUGUCGAUGAUUCCGAUGGGGGGUUGUGCAGUGGAGGGGGAGGGGAUGGCGUUGUACUUUGAAUACACCUGGAUUUUGUCUGUCUGGCUAAAGCGAGCCGUCAUCCGGGGUGAAGAUGCGUAUCGUGUCCAAGAGGGCUUGCGAAAUGAUCGAUGUGUCCAAUACUAGUAUCCAGUCCCUUACAUUCAGUUGUGAUAGUGAUACUCAUUCAAAAAAUGCUUGUGGCUCUAACGAGAGGGAAAAGGAAGACAGCGGGAAGAAGACAAUAGGCUAUAUGAGAUCCCGCUCUUCGAAUCGUCAUAGGAGACCCGACUCCAGGUGAGGCACGAUACGCGCACCGGUGACUACAGGGUCCAGCGAAGGGUCGUACUUGUCGAUACCGUCGAUGGGCGCAUACUUCUCGAUGAGGUAACACAUGUUGUUAUACGCACUUGGAUUAUGUGCGUCUCAGAUGUCAGCGGAAUCUUGAACGGGGAAACGCAAAAAAAACUGUCAACUUACGUCUUCCUCAAGUGGCUUCGCGGGUGGCCGGCAGCAUAGUUAAUGGCACCCUUCAAGCUGUACAGCCGAAUGCGGUCA